AUGAAGACUUCAUUAACAACUGGUGCACAAGUCAUCCAAAGCGCAUGUGACUGUGAAGCUGAAGCGUGUGUGCAACUCUUAACUCCACAAGUUGAAUGUGUUCUUCAACAUGGUGCCAUGAGCUUGCCUCAUGUUUUGGCCCUCCACUGUCCACCAUGGAAGUUUGUAUGGUCACAACCGAGACAUUGUAAAAUAUCUGUCAUCUGUGUAACAAUGGUGGUCUUUGUUGGUGAUGAACAUGGUCUGUUCUUUAGCAUUGCCUGGGCUGCUGCAACUCAUGAACUUCACAACUUUUGCAUGUCAAACCAGGGAGAUGAUGAUGACGACGAUAAUGACAUCGACGUGGCUCCAGCUGCAUAA